AAUGUAGGUAUAUAUAUGGACAAAGAAGCUCAUUCGCAAAGUAAGGAAAUCUGGCCACUUGCUUGUCUACACAAUUACAAGGUUAAUUACAGCCACCAAAAGUCGAAGCCUAACACCGAUAUAAUUGACAAGAAGAUUAUGAAGCGCUCCUCCUCUUCUUCUUCCACCGCGGCAGCUGUGGCAAUCUUGGCUAUCAUGUUCAUAUACUGCUCCUUGCCAUGCUCGGUGGCCGUGCAAGGUAAGCAUCAGGUAUUUCACUUGACAAUAGAUCUUCCAGAAGGAGAUCGUCCAGGAGUGGGUCCACCGUCUCCGAUCCCCGGGUCGGGGCGCCACAAGUGCCCGGGGUGCGACCGCCCCAACACUCCGCCGCCACCGCCGCACCGGAAGACACUGCUGGUUGGUACAGGAAACACCCCGUAAUAAAAUCACCAAUGCAUCUUUCGUGGUCACCUACGCAUGCCGUUGAAGCUGUGGGCAGGAGCUGUCAAUAAACCAAGUCCUGAGUUUGGGCAUGCAAGCUGAUCAAAGUGAGAUCAUGGGAGGCCUUUCAUUUUGAAAAUCACUGAGGGAUGCUAUGGCCUAGCCAGCCUCUGCCUCAUGUCUUGUCGUAUGAUGGAUGACCGUGCUAUAUAUGUACUAUUAUGUGUAAUUAUUAGUUUUUCCACAUCACCUUAAAAGGAAUAAAAAAUAGUUUCAGAU